GGAGGGCGCCAGCGGCACGGCGCUCGAGUGGCGUGGGGAGGAGGCGCGCGGGCGACUCCCGCGCGCGCGGUCGCAGGGCGCGCCGGGCUCCGAGUCGCGGAGGGCCAGCGACGGCCCGUGGGUGGUGCGGACGCUGGCGGAGAGCCCGAGCUGACGCGCGCGCUGCUGGCGGCGUCGGGCGCUCUCGGGGGAGCGCUCUUCAACACGGACGCAGACUCCGUCGACGGUGCCCCGACUCACGAGAUCCCGCUCCUGCGCAACGGCCGCACCUCGCUGGGCCGCGCGGGGUUUGCGCCGCUGCUGUGGCAUGCGCAGGUGGUCUGGCAGCUCGUGCAGGCAUACGCGCGCCAGAAGCUUGGGUGCCCGGACUGCGUUGUGUUGCUCCGUCCCUACUUCAUCGCUGCUGCGCCGCUACGGAGCGGGCAGCUCCCGCACCGCCAUCGCGGCCCACACUGACGAGUACGCCUUGGCGACCGCCGUGCUGGCGCUGGACCGCGAGGAGGACUACACUGGCGGCCUGAUCGUGCAGGCGAGCUUCGCCCCGGCCUCGCGCCGGCUGGUGAUGCUCGGGCAGGGCGACAUGGUGUUCCAUUCGUACAGCCUCCUGCACGCUGUCGACGUGCGAAGCGGUACUCGGCGCAGCCUCAUCAUGUGGAUCAGCAGCAACGCCAGGAUAUUCGCGUGCUCCCGCGAGGAGACGCCGUGGAAGCGGCGCGACGCGCGCCGCGGCGUCGCGCACGCGCAGUACCAGCUGGGGCGGCAGCUGCUCUUCGGCAGCUCGCGGCGCGGCGCGAGCAGGGCCUGGCGCUGGCUGAAGCGGGCGGCGUCGGGGGGGCACUCCACGGCGCAGCUCAACUGGGGCCUGGAGGACCGGGAUGCGGAGGGGCCACCGCCGCUCCGCGCGCCGCUGGUGGCUGCGGGCUGCCCGCCAGGGCAUCGCCCAGGCGCAGUUCAACCUCGGGGCGAUGCUUCUCGGCGCCCCGCACCCCGACGCCCCUCCCCCAGGGCGCGAGGUUGCCGCCCGCGGCAUGCGCUGGCUCAGGACGGUCCCGGGCGCUCCUCGCUGGAAGGUCGGUAGCUUUGGC